AUGAUCUUACUUAUGGUGAUGCUACUUGCAGUCAUCUUUAUUACCCUGGAGCGAGGCCACUGGUGGAAGAAGGAAUUCAGCUUCUCGGUGCCAGGGUGCAAAAGCGCUCGUGUGCAGGGCAUGUGGUGCAGUGCAGAGCAGCUCUCAGCAGGGGAGCAAUCUGUGUUCCGGUGGCUCGUGGUUGUUGUGAGGAUUUCAUCAGCAACAACCGCGGCAUCAAUGAAGGGGAAGACAUUCCGCAAGACGCUUCCGCCUCAGCUACUUGCAAGUCUCGUUCACCAGGUUCAGUGGCAGCAACUUAGCAGACGCUUCAAGCCGAACCGAGACAAUGGUGGCACACGUGAUUUGAUUCAAUCUUGUGCACCGUGCUUUGGCUGUGGACCCGAGUGA